CAUGAUUCAGUGACUAGUCGGAUCUCGAAAGAACGCUAAGAAAUUUUACACAGUGCUUAUAUUGCAAAACAAAUCGAGAUAUGUGGUGGUUAAGUGCUGUGGGCACGUUGCUACUGGUAACCUCCCUUAAGGGUUUGCCAUUGGACGUAAAUCCUGAAGCUGAAGUCGUCCCAGCCCUUUUGGAGAACACGACUCUAGCAACCGAAUUGAAACCACCACCCAUCGAUGAGAGUAUCGGUACGAGACACGGGGUAGUCUACCUCAUCAAUAUCUACGCCGUAACGAAUUCAUCUGAUAUCGAAGAUGGGGAAGAAAAACUUACGGACGAUGUGAUCGAAACUAUGCCAGGAAUACUAGAACCUUUGGCGACGGUCCUUCUGGUGGUCGAAGCCGACGAUGAGGAAGAUCCCGUGAGCCUAGAUGACAUAGCCAAGGACCUCCAAGAGGAAGGUUUUGAGGUUGAGAAAGUAAUGAAAGAUGGAGAGACGAAAGUCAUCAAGGUAGAUUUCGGUGAAGAUCCUGAGGCUAAACCCGGAAACGAUCUGGCUGUCCCGGUUGUGAAAAAUGUCGAAACGACGACGAAUAAAGUCCGGAGGAAACGUGCACCGUGCCUCAAAUGUAAACUAGGAAAACUGUUGGGAGGUGGAGGCGGCAAUUAUGGCGGUGGUUAUGGUGGAGGCGGAUAUCCGGGUGGUGGAUAUCCAGGAGGUGGAUACACCGGAGGUGGCGGAGGCUGUGGUGGCGGCUGUGGAGGAGGCGGCGGUGGAGGACACUAUCCGAGUGGUGGUGGUGGUGGAAACACCGUUGGAGUUAUUCCAGUCGUCGUUGUCCCAGUAUCUGGAUAUCCUGGAGGUGGCCGACCUCACGGAGGUGGAGGAGGUUAUCCACAAGGCGGUUAUCCUCAGGGUGGAGGAAAUUAUUAUCCAGGUGGACAGCACAAUCAUGGAGGUGGUGGCGGUGGACAAUGCCAAGUAUGUCAAGGUCAAGGUGGCGGAGGCGGUCAAGGUGGUUCUUGGAGUCAAUCUUCAGCUCAAGCUUCAGCCCAAUCCUCCUCCGGCACUUGGUAAUCAACCAGGAAAAUGAAAUUAACGUGACCAAUCAUUCCAGAAAAUCACUAGCUGCGAUAUGUACAAAACUUUCUCAAUAGAAUAUUUCAUCAAAUAACGACUUCUUCACGCGUAUUGAUCACGCAAUAGUGAAAAAGUGUAUUCUUGACUGUUUAAUUAUUUGUACGAAAAAAAAACUCACUGUUACGUAAA